CUGAGGUUGUGUGAUUGUCAUGAAGUUGUCAGUGGCGUAUUAAAUUAACGUUUUCUGAGUGACAGUGGUCUAGUACGUGAAAUAUUUACUGAUGGGUGCUGAUUAGGGAUUUGUUGAGAAGAAAAGGAAAUGGAAUGUUGCUUAAAAUGACUUGCGCUUGGAAAUAACAGCGGAAGAUUCAUUUGAGACUGCCGGUGUGACGCCAUGACUGAGAACCCAACCCCUGUUUUGCAGAAUUUGUUUGGAAUACUUGUUUACAUAUUCACAGUGACUGUGCUGCCUACAUGUGCCGAAGAUUUAAAGAAGGUUGAAAUUACUGAUAUACAAUUAACUUCCAAACGGGUUAGCGCUUGUGACAAUGCAACGUUCUUAUGCAAGGUGCAUCCCUCAAACAGCAGUGUAUGGUGGGAAUUUGAAGAUGUUAACAUCAGCGUUUCAGAUGAUAGACAUAUUGUUGAUAGAGUUGAAGAUGAGUCCAGACUGACAGUAAUUUGCGUCAAUAUGAGUGAUGCCGGCAACUACACAUGUUUUGCAUCAGCAGGAGAGGAUGAGGUGUCUCAAGCUAUAUAUUUAAAUGUUACAAUGCCCGUUGUAGUUUUUCCAGGAGGAUCAGGACGUAUUAAUGUGACUAGUUCAGGGAAUGUAUCGUGCAUUUUCUGUGGCUAUCCUAUGACUGAUGUCAGAUGGUUCAGAAUGGCUGAAACAUCAUAUGCUGAAAUGGAACAGUUUUCUGUAAACUCUAUUAACUAUACAUGCACAGAAACAAUACUAGAGUUUGAAUCAGUGACAAGAAAAGACAAUGGUACAUACAAGUGUAUGGCAUUGGGUCCCCAGGGUGAUGUCAGUGGCAAUGUUACUUUGUUUGUACUUGAGAAGCCACAGGUGAACAUUGACUUUGUUAAAGCGGUAGGAGCACAUCGAAUCUUUUUGAACUGGACAGUUAAUGAUGGGAAUGAGCCUGUAGAGGAAUAUUUCAUUCAGCACAUGAAGAAUGGAACUGUCCAGUGGAUGUUCAAUCAGGAGAAAAUUGGAGGCGGCAACACAAGCUAUGUGAUAAAAGAUCUUGAACCCAAUACAGCAUAUUUUAUACGCCUUUAUGCAAAAAACUCCAUUGGAACAAGUAAUUUUUACACUCAUCCAACACCAGUCAGUACAUUAGAAAAAGAUCCAGACUUUGUGCCUGAAGUAUCUGUUAAAGGUGUCACAAUAAAUUCAAUUACAAUUGGGUGGUCUUUACCUCCAGCUGAAUUAAAAGAUCACAUCCAUUACUAUCAUCUUGUUCUGCAAAAUAAUGGAACAACAACCUACAGGCAAGAGUCAAUAAGCUCAGCUGACCAGAUGAAUGUUUAUCUGUUUGUAGAUCUUCUUUCAGAUACAACGUAUCACUUCAAGAUGUCCGCAUGUAGUGAAUAUACAAAGCAGUGUGGAAACUGGUCCAAUGAAGUCUAUGGAAAGACACUGGAUGGAGUUUCUGGUCCACCAGCGAACGUCACAGUGACAUGUCAAAACAGUGGUAUACAGGGUGGAAGUGUUAUAUCAGUCAGCUGGGCUUCACCACAAAAUCCAAAUGGGAAAAUAAGUUACUAUAAUGUUUCCAUUGAAGGCACAGCAAUGUUUAAGAAUGAAAAUGGUGUUAUUGAAACACUUGAUUGGAAACGGCGUGUUCGUACUGUUGAUGGGAAAGUGUUUACUACUCGUUUUGAUAACAAUGUUCCCCCAAAUACAAACUUUACCGUGCGUGUAUCGGCUGUCACACGCAUUCGCACUGUGGGCGAAAUGGCUGUAGCUCAUUGCCAUACACCUCCUACAGUACCUGACCGAGAUAAAUUGGCACAUUUUGUUUGGGACAAAGUGCAAGAACAAGGUCGUUGGUUGUUCAAACUAUCAAUGUCCCGAAUAUCAGAAAGAAAUGGACCCAUAUGUUGCUAUAGGGUUUUUCUUGUUAAAUUGGAGCCACAGCAAAGCAUCAGCCAGCUGCCAUCUCCAGAUAAAUUUCCAAUAUCAACUUAUGAAGAAGUUCAUUUGAGCAAGAAAGGUGGUGCUUACAUUGCUGAAAUGUUUGAAAGUGACAUGCUCAGUGCAGAAGUUUUCUUGGGGGAUGGACACGCUCAGCAGACAAAUUACUCAGCGUGCCUUCAAUGUGUGGGUCUGCGUAUAACCCCUACAGCUUCAACCGUGCUACCCACAGUGUCUUCACCAGCAGGAGACAUACCCUCUACAGUGGAUACUGUACUUCGUGUGAAACGUUCACCAUCGGUUGUACCUGACUUGCCACAACCUCCACCUGUUUAUGAUGGUCAGCUUGAUGAAGGUAGCAACUACACAGGAUUCAUUGAAGUUGUAGUGUAUGGAGAAGGACGAUCAUUGUUGCCAGCAUACAGUUCGUACCUGACAACCUUGAGCCCAGGUCCUGGCCCUGCUGCCCUUCGGGCUGAGCCCUCUCAACAUGUCCUGUCACUGGUGCUGCAAUUACUUUGUGCUUUAACUGUGAUCAUGCUGGUGCUUCUAUUGUCACUCUGUUUGCUGCAACGAUAUACAAAGCAUGUUGCUGAGGCACAGGGUGUGGAAAUGACACUUGCAAAUUCAUUUAGACACCUUUGUCGCAGCCUUCGUGGUCGUCACAUUCUUGUUUCUGCCAGUCCACCGGACAUGGCACCCAUUGCUAAAUCUGAUCUCAUGCAGGCCUUCAUAGAUCGCCAUAAGGAUUCAGACUAUGGCUUCCAGCAUGAAUUUGAGCUUCUUCCAGAUAGAUUUGCUGACAGAACAACAAGAAAUUCAGAAGCUAGGGAGAACAUGUACAAGAAUCGGUAUCCAGAUAUAAAAGCUUAUGAUCAGACAAGAGUUCGCCUUUCUCAGAUUGAUAGUAUAGUAGGUUCAGAUUAUAUCAAUGCAAAUUUUGUUGUAGGCUACAAAGAAAGAAAGAAGUUCAUCUGUGCUCAGGGGCCAAUGGACAACACCGUAUGCGAUUUUUGGCGGAUGAUAUGGGAACAACAUUUAGAACUGAUUUUGAUGCUUACAAAUUUGGAAGAGUAUAGUAAAACAAAGUGUGCAAAAUAUUGGCCUGAUUCAAUGGAUGGAGAGAAGAUCUUUGGUGACAUCAGUGUAGCACAUGUUCAUGAGAAGAGAUACUCUGAUUACAUUAUUCGUGAGCUGAGAAUGUACCGAACAUGUAGUGGGAAGGACAGAGAAGAAAGAAGCAUAGUUCAAUACCAUUAUCUUGUAUGGAAGGAUUUCAUGGCACCAGAACAUCCAUCAGGAAUUCUGAAAUUUAUCAAGCGAUUAAAUGAAGCAUAUUCAUUGGAGAAGGGCCCUAUUUUAGUCCAUUGCAGUGCCGGUGUUGGUCGUACAGGUACUCUCGUAGCUCUAGAUUCCCUGUUAUUACAGUUACAAGAGGAAGGACAAGUUGCAAUAUUUAAUACUGUUUGUGACUUGAGGCAUCAGCGUAAUUUCUUGGUGCAGUCACUGAAACAAUAUAUUUUCAUUUACCGGGCGCUGAUGGAAGUGGCACAGUUUGGUGAUACAGAGCUGGAAGUCUCUGAACUCAAAAGUGCAAUAGAAAAAUUACGCCAGAAAGAAAAUGGGAAAGAUAGGUGUAGAAUGGAAGAAGAUUUUGAAAAAAUCAACAGAGUUCUAGAGGACCGUAAAUCAUUUUCUGUUGGUGGUGGGAGUGAAAAUAGAGCAAAGAAUCGUAAUGAGAUGGUGAUUCCAUAUGACAGGAAUCGUGUGAUCCUGACACCUAUACCAGGUCGAGAACAUACUACCUACAUAAAUGCCUCUUUUAUUGAGGGCUACGACAACUCUGAGUGUUUCAUCAUAACACAAGAUCCAUUGGAAGUAACUAUACCUGAUUUCUGGCGAAUGAUCCUGGAACAGAACGUCAGUACACUGGUCAUGCUUUCUGAUCUUGGAGAUGGACCAAAGAAAUGCUUGAGAUACUGGCCAGAUGAUGAAGCUGUUUAUGAUCAUGUUCGUGUGAAAUAUUUAGAUAAUGAAAGCUGCCCAUAUUACACACGCCGGGAACUAAGUGUUAGCAACAUUAAGACUGAUGAAACGGUUGUAGUGACACAGUUCCAAUAUAAUGGGUGGCCGACAGUUGAGGGAGAAGUACCGGAAGUGACACGUGGUCUCAUAGAAUUGGUUGACCAAACUCAAAACCAUCAAGAAUCUCAAGGGGGCAGUGCUCCCAUAGUUGUGCAUUGUAGUUGUGGAUCUGAUAGAAGUUCUAUGUUUGUGGCACUGAGUAUAUUGGUACAGCAACUGAGGACUGAAAAGAGGGUGGAUAUCUUCACAACAACACGAAAGCUUAGAUCACAGCGACAUGGAAUGCUGCAGACAUUUGCUCAGUAUGAAUUUCUCCAUCGUGCCAUAGUGAACUAUGCUGACUUGCACAAUUUAGUGAGUGAUGAAACAUGAACUGGUCAACAGAGCAUGAUUUGCUCAUUGUACCUGCUGCAAAAAGUGUAGAAAAUCCAUUGCUGCCAUUUUAUACCAUUGCUUUUUUUUUAUUCCUCGGUGUAGAUUUAAAGAAAGCUGCUGGUGUGGAGGUAACACUUUUGUAAAAUAUCUAGCAUUUUACUGCUUGUGACUUUGAUAUGAAUUUAUGAAAUUUUAUAUAUAUAUAACAUAUUACGUUGUUUCAAGGACUGUUCUUCAGUUAAAAAUAAUUUUAUUUGCAAAAAUAUUUAUUUUGUACUGUAACAAUGGUACUGUAACGGGAAGUAUCAGUAUUUUAUACUUCUAUAUAUGUACAAUACUUCGCCAAAUUUGUUUCAAUUAAUGAGGUUGAAAUACUGUGGCGGACAUUGAACUGUCGUAGCAUACAAUGUAAUUUUUACUGUGUAGGUAUACAGUAGCAUUUGAUGGCAAUGUGACUCUCUCUCUCUCUCUCUCUCUCUCUCUCUCUGUGUGUGUGUGUGUGUGUGUGUGUGUGUGUGUGUGUGCGCGCGCGUGUGUGCGCGCGGUCGCGUGCGUGGGUGUGGGUGUGUGUGCGUGUGCGUGCUUGCACAUGCAUGUUUUCAAAGAAAAAGGGAGAGAGUUAUAAACUUGUUUUAUGAGGAAAAGGGCCAUGCCAUUAUUUCAUUUCCCCCCCACAUACUGCACAUUUUGUGAGGAAACAUAUAUCAAGAACUACUUUUAAGCAAUGAAGUUGAACAGUCUGAAGAUUUUGUACAGAUAUUGGACAUUGGCUUCUUUAUGAAAAGUUAUAUGUACAAUGAAAAGCUUGUGAUGUCAAUGUCUGCAUCAUGUGAUAUAGUAGCAGUUUGGAUGCUUAUGAAAGAAGCAACAGAAAACACUGGAAUAGUGAGAUUGUGGCUACAGAACAUUUAUGAAAGGGGAAGGAAACAUACAAUGUGUUUCCCUCUUAGAAAUAUUAAAUUACAUAAUUAAAGAAGAGUAUCUGCCCUUUUUGUAAAUGAUCUGCAGUGUUAAUGUUACUUGCAAUAUAUCUACAAUAAUUAAUUGAUUGCUCUCUAUAUUGGCUUCUAAUAUUUCUAGACAUUAUGUGGUGUGUAAGAAUGAAUAUUCCUCUGAGAAACCUAAAAUUUAAAAAGCUGUACAAUUCUCAACAGUCUGAGCUCAUCUGCAUAUUCAGGUACUUUGCUUUCCUGUUGUAUUCAAUGCUUUGUAAUUCACUGUCAUUAUAUAAAAGGAAAGAAUGACACAUUAUACUUUUGUUAAGAUAUUUGCCAAAGAUCUAGAUAAAGUCAUAGGUUUAUAGAACUUUUUUAUUUGCAAAUAAGAGAUUGAGCCACAGUAUUUCUGUUGGUUGAGCAAUAAAGAUGGAAAACCAUCUUGAAAUUGUGCACACAGUACUGCUGUUGCUGUUUUUAUAUAUUUUGUUAAAUAAGUAAAGACAAUCUGUGGUGCUCUGCAUUGUCUGUGACAUAAUGCACUACCAUAUCAUGAAUAGAUGCCACAUUUGCUUUCUUUUUGUAAAAUUGUGUAAAAAAAAGUCAAGAAAUGAAAGAAGUAUGAUGAUUGUGAAUGUAACUGACAUGCUUAACAUAAUUUUUGAAUCUAAGAGUGGGAUGCAAAUUUGUUAAAAGCUACAAAUGACCUUAGCACUGUUCACAGAAGAUGUGUAUUUAUAAAAAAAUAUGUUGAAAUCAGGAAAUCAUAAACUUUGACUGAAAAAAUAUUUUUUUGUAUUAUUCAAGAUUGGAGAGAUUUCCAGAUUUUCACCUCACCCAAAGCAAUGUACUGGUGUCACAGAAAAAAAUAAAAUUUUACUGUAAGUGAUUUUUAUUGCCUCUGAGGAAUAAGUUUCAUACUGUGAAUUAUUUCCUAUUUUCUUAAUUGAACUGUAAUCUGAAAAUGUAUUUAUUUGUAUCAAAUUGAAUUGGAAAUUGAAAUCAUUAACCUUCAUCCAUAAAUUGCACAUAGUAAACAGCAUGUUCCUUUGAUUGUUGUUGAUGGUGAGCAUGUGACAUACUAACUACCAGAAUGAUUUUCUGUGCAUAAAAUGCUGUUUUCAUUAUUCUGUUAUGAAUGUCUGCUUAUUUCUUUUAGAAAUGGAAAAAAGAAUCAUGUAAGGAUCCUGUAUCGUGAAUGUUUAGUUUUCCUGUUCAUAAAAAAAAAGACAUUUAAUGUGUAAUUCAAAAUCAUAUAUAUGUGCUACAUAAAGUCUGAAACUCAGUGUUUGUGCUUUGUUUUAAACAAUUUUUUAUAAAAUGGGCCUACUGUUUGUUGCACAGUAUUUGGUGAUACUUGUAACUGAAUAAAACACUUCAAAUAUUUUUUGCAUUAA